UCCUAAACCCAGCUUCUCUGUUCUUUCUAGAGAGUGUCAUUUGUAUCGUAAAUCUUGUAUAGACAGCACAAACGCAGAAACCGCGAAAUUGUGCCUAAAAUCGAUGACUUCGCUAAAUGGUGACGAGAGCCACCACCCACCACCGCAACCGCAAGCUGAAAAGAUUACUGAAGUGGGAUGGUACGUUCUUGGCGAGGAUCAGCAACAGAUUGGCCCUUACGCCUUCUCAGAGUUGCGCGAGCAUUUCUUGAAUGGAUACCUCUCCGAAAAUACAUUUGUGUGGUCUGAAGGAAGGAGUGAGUGGCAGCCCUUGUCCUCAGUUUCUGACCUGUGGGCUCAAAUUAACCAGCAGGGACCUGAUUCUUCAACUACUGUGUCUGCUCCUGAUGUUGAUGAGUUUGAAAGAUGGCAAAAGGAGAUUCAGGAGGCAGAGGCACAGGUGGAAGGAUCGGAAUUUGGAUCCUUAUCUGGCAAUGCCGGCAGUACUGGGGCAGGAGAAGAUUCUGAGAGACCUUCGACACCACCUGAGGGUGAAGAAGAAUUUACUGAUGAUGAUGGAACUGUAUAUAAGUGGGAUAGGAAUCUUAGGGCUUGGGUUCCCCAGGAGCAUCCAACUGGCAGCACUGAGCCUUAUGGGGUUCAAGAGAUGACCUUCUUGGAAGAAGAGGAAGUUUUUCCUACAAUACCUAUUUCUGAUGCCUCUGAAAAGUUUGAAGAUAGUCCAAAAUUGAGUGUUUCUGUGCCUCCCUUAAAGGAAGAAACAAAUGAAGCAAAUAAUACCAAUGUGGUAUCAGGUGAAAAAAGGAAGCUUUCAGAUCAACAAACUGACAAGAAGGAAGCUAAUAAACCCCCUGAUAGUUGGUUUGAAUUAAAGAUCAAUACACAUGUUUAUGUCACUGGGUUGCCUGAGGACGUUACCACUGAUGAAAUUGUGGAGGUAUUUUCCAAAUGUGGAAUUAUAAAGGAGGACCCGGAAACCAAAAAGCCUCGUGUGAAGCUCUAUGUUGAUAAAGGGACAGGAAGGAAAAAGGGAGAUGCUCUGGUUACAUAUCUUAAGGAACCUUCCGUGGCUCUGGCAAUUCAAAUUUUAGAUGGAGCACCUCUUCGCCCUAAUGGCAAGAUCCCUAUGUCUGUCAGCCAGGCUAAAUUUGAGCAGAAAGGAGACAAGUUUGUAUCCAAGCAAGUAGACAAUAAAAAGAAAAAGAAAUUGAAAAAGGUGGAAGACAAAAUGCUUGGAUGGGGUGGUCGUGAUGAUGCAAAAGUUUCAAUUCCAGCAACUGUUAUCCUUCGUUAUAUGUUUGCUCCAGCUGAAAUGAGGGCUGAUGAAAAUCUGCGUUUAGAACUAGAAGAAGAUGUUAAAGAGGAGUGUACAAAGCUUGGUCCUUUAGAUUCAGUCAAGAUAUGUGAGAAUCAUCCUCAGGGAGUUGUUUUGGUAAGAUUCAAGGAUAGGAAGGAUGCCCAAAAGUGCAUAGAAUUGAUGAAUGGAAGAUGGUUUGGUGGUAGACAGAUACAUGCCAGUGAAGAUGAUGGUUCAGUUAACCAUGCCUUAGUCCGGGAUCUGGAAGAAGAUGCCAUUCGGCUGGAGCAGUUUGGUGCCGAACUUGAAGGUGACUGAGUUAAUGAGGAUAGCAUUGCACCAGAUUCACAGUUCCAUAUAAGUCCGGACCUAGGAAUAUUUCACAAUGGCUGAAGCUUGUGGAACUAGGCCAUCACUUUUCUCGGUUUUGCAAAGAUAUUAAUUUUCCUUAUGUAAUUGGGAAAAGCAAAAAAGAAAUAGAAGAGAAAAGAAGUUACUGAUUUGGCUAGCUCAUCUUAUUUGGAAAAUUGUAUUACACCCUGCGUGUAGUGUAGCAUUCCGUUAUUCUAGGUCACAGAUUUUGAGUUAUGACAUGUGACAAUGCAGUUAAAUUUGAACUGUUAGAUUAAUUUAAGUUAUCUUAACCGUUGGAGUAAGACACUUGAGGAUGUAAAGAAGUGUUUCAUCAUAUAUGGGGCCUUGCAGCCGUUGGUGAUGGUCACCCUAUGAUAGGUUUGCAAUUGCAUUGAUUU